AUGCGCUCUCUGCUCACCAUGCAGUCCCUGCCUCUGCUUCUCCUGCUGCUGCAGCCACUUCCAUUGAAAGUUCUAAUGCUACCUAAAUAUUCAGAAUUCUCAGAGGAGACGGAAGAAAAAUUUGAAGAUUAUCUGGCCGAACUACAUGUUACAGGUCCUACCAAACCACCUACCGAAGAAGAUUUCCAAAAGCAUUUCAUAGCUAGGCCUGGAAGGCAAAUUGAUUUUGCCUACUGUGGUUUAGAAACUAUGGUCAAAAAUGUGCACAUCGGGUAUCAGUGUAAGGAAGAACAUUUCUUCCUCCUAGCAACAUAUAACGAGGUGCUAAGUGCCUGUAGCAACAUGUAUGUACCAUGUAAAAAUGGAGUUAAGAAAUGUCACAGGGUCAACAAAGAAAUAGUAGGAGUGUACUGUAAGUUAAUAACGGGAACUGUGAUAACAGGCUGUGUAUACAACUCUGUUGAGAAGCAUGGACAUGCCCUUAUUACUUGUGGAUGGCAAGAUGAUAUCGGAAAAAUUAUUCCUAAUGACGUAAAUGAUAUUUUGGAAAUAUCUAGAAAGUAG